AUGUUGAUUUUCGCGAUUCUCUUUCUCGCAGGCUUUGUGACCUCGUACCCACUUGUUCCUCUUUCAAAGGGAUUUAUAGAUGGCCCAGAAUCAUAUAACUCCCUGGCAAGCCAGAUGAUAGCAGAUGAAAAGUUGUUGAAGAAUUCGGCAUCAAUCUCCUCAUCGAACGCCGCUGCACACCUCGUCAAGUCUAGACCAAAAAAGCAGUGGCAAGGAUGUGGCAUAUUGUUGACUUGUUUGAAUCCGACGCGACAUGUCGAUGAUGAAAUCAUAUUACGCGGUUCGAAUAUAGGUUCAUCUCGCAAGCGCGUCCUUCCAGGCUACGUACCUCCGACGCCACCCAGACUCUCGAUAGUUGAUGAUGCAUGGGCCACCUGGAAGAAAGACAAAGCACUCGUGGAUACCCGCGAGCGCUUGGAUCUCGCCGUUUUUCAGCUCUCUCAUUCCCUCUCGGCUUCGAAGCCACCGACAAAGUCUCAGAGGGUUCUCAUUCAAUUCAUGGACGACCUCUAUUAUGCCCCCAAAUCGAGCGCAACGGAGCGGUCAAUCAUUGAGCUUAUCAACCGGACAACUGAUCUGAGGAAUGAAGGAGUCAGCCUGGACAAGAUUGUCGCUGAAUACAAAUUACAGGCGUAUACACUGAUUGAAAAGAUAAGUUUAGAUCAGAGUGAUAAACAAAGGAAGCUCACACUGAGAACAAUUGAGAGAUUGCUCGAAGCCGGUGGUUUGUCGACACGCCCGCAGGAAGUGAAAGAGUCGCUUUCAGCUUCUGAAAAAGAACUACUUCAAGACUGGGACGUAAUGGCUAGGUCGGUCAUCAAUAACAUGGCAGCACUUUUUGAAAUUAUGGAGAGUUCCCAAGGCCACCUUCAAGAAAGUUUUAAGCGGGAAUAUCUGCAAAUGCAAGCAAGAGUGACGAAAAAAAAAGUCUUUGAUUUCUUUUACCAGCUCACCCUGACCUUGAGAUCAGAAUCUACUACUUUAGACGUUAUAUAUGCAUCGGAGCGGGACAAAUUUCUUCAAAGAUAUCUAGGCCAAGGGGCAGCCACCGAAAGGAAACGCAUGAUCGAAUAUACUAAUCUCUUGGAAGGAGACUUGGCUCACAUGCUCAAAGGCAUGGUCCGCCGCCAAAACAUGUUUCCCGUCGAGAUCAUCCAGGAUUCUAGUCAUACUCAAAAAGGGGGAGAAGAGGUCCUUGAGGUUCACGCAGGCUCCUUGAAACACUUUCAGAGAAUUCCAAUACCUAUAUCAAGAGAUCCCGGAGAGUUAGAUUCUGCUUCAGAGGCUUCAUUCUGA